AUGUUUGCUUUUUCAAAGCCGAAAUGCACAUCCCACGCAGACAGCGGGGACGGCGGCCGGUGCAGCGGGACCCGGACAGGUAAGGAGGGAUGCCGGUGUCACCCGGCUGGGGAGCGCCGCGCCGGGGGGCGGCAGCGGGCUGGUGUGCGGCGAGGUGAGCGGCUCGGGAAGCGUCCUCCGUGCUCUGGAAAGCUCCCUGGCUGGAACACCGGUCCCGGAGCCGCGCAGGCCCCAGCGCGGCGGGUCCCGGAGCCCCGCAGGCCCCCGAGCCCCGCAGGCCCCAGCGCGGCGGGUCCGGGGUCGCCCCGUGCGGCUGCGCUGGGGCUCGCGGCCGCCAGGCGGCGCAGCAGAAGCCGCGCGUGCCCCGUGAGGCCCCGCGGCGCGGCCAUGGCGGAGCGGGACCGGGACGGGCCCGGGCGGGCAGCGGGCGGCGGGAAGAUGUCCCUGCACAGGUGUGAAACCUGUAGCAAAGAAGAAGCUAAAUACAGAUGUCCACGAUGCAUGAAAUAUUCGUGCAGCCUGUUGUGCGUAAAGAAACAUAAGCUUGCACUGAGCUGUAACGGAGUCAGGGAUAAAACAGCAUUUGUCUCUGUAAAUGAAUUUACUGACUUGAACCUUCUGAGUGAUUAUCGUUUCCUGGAAGAUGUAGGAAGGACAGCUGAUGCUGCUGCUCGACAUUGUAUUGUGCAUAGUCCAGCAACAAAGAGACUUUUAUACUGCUUGAGGAACAAAGCACGAGGGUGUAAUAUUGAGCUAAAAACACUGCCUAUUGGAUUUACAAAAAGAAGAGAAAAUUCUACCACCUUCAAUUCCGUGGAGAACAAGUUCUACUGGCAUUUGAAGCUCAUAUUUCCUCACUGUCAUGCUGAAUACACUUUAAAAGGGGUGCCUGACGAUAAAACACUUGCUGAUAUCCUCAAGCCAUACAUUGAUCCAGUGGAGUCAGAUCCUGUCGUUUGUCAAAGAUUAAAAAUCUAUACAGCAUCUCCUCAAUCAGAUGUACGAAUUUUAAUGAAAAUAGAAAACAGGAGCCGAAACUCUGUCAGAUACAAUGAACUGGAUGCCAACAGAAGCCUUCUAGAUAAUCUGAAAGGCAAAGUAAUAAUUGAGUAUCCAACAUUAUUUGUGGUCUUGAAAACACUGAAGAGUGACAUGGUGGUCCUCGGCCAAGAUGGCAGUGAGCCUGCAGAGAACUCAGACAGUGAAAGCUCAUCCCUUUCAUCUGUGGAAGAAGGGGAGAUUCAGGACAGUUCAUGACAGUUCUUUGAGAGAACAGGAUGGAAUGAGCUUUUAUUUUUUUAUUAUUUAAUUAAAUUUUUUUGAUACAACUAA